AUGGAACUGUCCACCGCGCUAGGGCUGGGGUUCGUGGCCCCUGGAAGCCUACCAGCGCAACCCCGCGUGCCUGUGGCAUUUCACCGGCAAGAAGCCGCGCGGAAAAGUUCCAAUGCACCCUCUCUUUGCUUAGCUUCAUUGGCUGUGGCAUCCUGCGUGCGCUCUGCGGUGAGGCGACGAGCCUAUGGUGGUUACGGCGGUGGUUACGGCAGAGGCGGAGGAAACAAUAUGUCUCGCGAGGACCAGCAGCGACAUACAGAGAUGAAACGUGAGAGGGAGGCGCAGCAGUUCUUUUCCUUCCAGAGGCAACUGAUGAGUCGGGGCGAAAGCGAGCCGGAUGAUGCUUUUUGGGACAGACAGGAGAGGAGGAUAUUUGGGGAGAACCAUGUGAAAGCUGGAAUCAAUUUCUCGAAGUACGACAACAUCGAAGUCACGGCCGAAGGUGGGACUGGCAAAGAACAGCCGAUUUCCACGUUCCAGGAGGCCUGUGAUAAGUACGAACUGCCCGAUGAACUGACUGCCAACCUUGAACGAUGUGGCUACGGGACUCCCACGCCUGUCCAGAAGUACAGCAUCCCAGCAGUGCUCGAAGGCAGCGACGUCAUGGUCUCUGCACAGACCGGCAGCGGAAAGACUGCGGCAUUCUUGGUGCCCAUCAUCACAGCUGCUCUGCAGGCAGGAAAAAAGGAGCUGAAGGAGGGCGCAGUUUGCCCCACCAGCGUGAUAGUGGCACCAACCCGUGAGCUGUGCGAACAGAUCGCGCAAGAGGCCCGUCGGCUGACGUUUAGGAGCUUUGCUCGGGUGGCCGCAGUCUAUGGAGGCGCAGAUGCCCUUGGCCAGCUGCGGCAGCUCGCAGCCGGCGUGGAGAUUGUCGUCUGUUCACCCGGACGUAUGGAUGAUUUCCUUCAGCGCGGAGUCAUCAGCAUGGAAGAAGUGAAGUUCCUGGUGGUGGACGAGGCAGACAGAAUGCUGGACAUGGGCUUCGAGCCUCAGAUUCGAAACAUCAUUGAAAACUAUGGCAUGCCAGAGCCUGGCGAGGGCGGGCGGCAGACAAUGAUGUUCUCGGCCACCUUUCCUCAGGAGAUGCAAGACAUGGCAUUGGACUUUCUCGACCCGGCCUACUAUGGCAUCCAGGUCGGCCAGGUGGGCCAUGCCGCAACAGACGUGGAACAGUUCUUCGAGCAGGUCAAUCCCCGGGAAAAGAGUGACAGGCUGCUCGACGUGCUGCAGCAGACGAAGAAUGCGGACGGCGACGUCGGCAGAACCAUUGUGUUCGCAAACACGAAGGGCACUGUGGACGACAUCGCCUGGCAAUUGCAGCAAGAGGGAAUCGAAGCGCAGCCACUGCACGGAGGAUUAACUCAAGCUCAAAGAGACCGAAACUUGACCUUGCUCAAGAGAGGCAAGUACAACGUGCUCGUCGCCACCGAUGUUGCGGCGCGAGGACUGGAUGUUCCGGGCAUCGACCACAUAAUCAACUAUGACCUGCCCAUGGACGGUGAUACCUACGUCCAUCGCAUCGGGCGGACAGGACGCAUUGGCAACAAGGGCCGCGCCACAUCCUUCGUGUCGAAUUACGACAACGCCUCGAAUCUGCAAGUCAUCGUCCGCUCGAUGAAGGAUGCAAAGAAGGAUGACCCAGAUGCUACGGAUGUGCCAGAGUGGCUGGAGGAGUUGGCAACGAGCCGCCCAGGCAGCCCCCGUGGGGGGGGCCGAGGAAGACGCUUUUAG